AUACAAGUUUAUGAGCAAAAAGAAAACAUCCGUUUUCGUAACAUCACAUUUCUCCUUACAUCAGCUGGCUUCCUUAAACUCAGACAGUGGUUGAAAAUAAUAACGCUAGUGCUUGUACUUGGUCACAUAUCUGAAGCCAGUUUGAUGCGGACAUGUUUUGUAAAUUUAGUGCCAGUUUGGCUUCAGGCUUCGUUAAGUUUCCAACUUCAAGGGCAUCUUUGAGAACAGUAGGAGCUUCUGUCUGCAGACAUCAGAGCUUCAGCAGCGAGUCUGCAGGUGUCAGGGUGUUGUAUGAUGGACUCUGUCCGAUAUGUGUGACAGAGAUCCGCUUCCUUCAGUUUCUGAAUAGAAACCAGCCUGAGAAAGUAGAUUUUAUCGACAUUGCCAAGCCUGAUUAUGACGCAGCAAAAUAUAAGAAUGUUUCCUACGAGAUGGCUAUGGAGGAAAUGCACGUGAUCGAUGAGAAAGAUGAGGUUCACAGUGGGGUUCCAGCAUUCGCAGUCAUGUACAGCGCGGUGGGCCUGAACCGGCUGGCUCGCCUCAUGAUGUGGUCACCCGUGAGGCCGUUUAUGGACAAGUCAUAUGCAGUCUUUGCCAGGAAUCGGCUCAAAUGGACGGGGCGUGGGGAUGAAUGCACCACGGGGCGCUGUGAAAAGAAAACCAACUGACUGUCAGGAAAUAAAGCAUCUGUAAAGACAAUUAAAACUACUACAAUCAAUCAAAAAUUGAUAAAAUAUUCUUUGAUUUUUUUUUUUUUUCAUUGGCAUGUUUUUUUUUUUUUUUACUGGUUUUGUUCAGUCAAAAAAAAUCCAAUUGACAUGAUAAAAAUAUGCAUACAAAUUUAUAUUCACAUUCUAUUAUUCAUACACAUU